AUGCAGCUUCCCAGGUGGUUGCUAGGGGCCUGGCUGUGGUUGCUAUGCACUACUGAGAUCUGGUCCGCGACCUUUAAGCUGGCCCUGAUAGGUCCUUGGUCAUGUGACCCAAUGUUCUCCCGAGCGAUGCCUACCGCGGCGGCAAACCUGGCGUUGUCACGGUUACGGAGCGACAUCAGUCUCAGCAGAGGUUACUGGUAUGACAUCAAACUGCUGGAUGAGGAUUGCUCCGCCUCCAAAGCUCUGACAGAACUCGGGGACAUGGAGGGUUAUGGCCAUGCCUACAUUGGACCCUUUAACCCUGCCCUUUGUCAUGCUGCCUCAUUAUUGGCUGAGCACUGGGAGGCGGGGCUUGCCUCUCCAGGCUGUCUUGAUGCUGAUUGGCCAAACCUUUCCCCCAUCACUCCUCCAAGCAGAGUCCUAUUCACUGUGCUCAAAUUCUUCCGCUGGGCUCAUGUCGCUGUCAUCUCAGCACCAUCUGACCUAUGGGAGAGCACCGGACAGGAGGUUGCCUUGGCUCUUAGGGCUCUGGGCCUUCCCAUUGGUCCGGUGGUCACCAUGGAAACAAAGAACAAGGGUGGACCCCGGGAAGCCCUCCGAUCAAUCAGAGAGGCGGACAAGGUCAAAGUGGUAAUAAUGUGCAUGAGCUCCGUCCUGAUUGGUGGAGAGGAUCAAAGGGAUCUCCUAUUGGCUGCUCUGGACAUGGGGAUGGUUUCCGAUGGUUACGUGUUUAUUCCUUACGAUGCCCUGCUGUAUGCCAUGCCGUACCAGGACACAGUAUUCCCUCAGCUGACCAAUAGCACGCAGCUCCGUCACGCCUACAGCUCCGUUCUGACCGUUACCAUGGCGUCCGACCAGAGUUUCUACGAAGCUUUUCGUCAGGCUCAAAUCAACCGAGAGAUCAGGUCUGCUGUGGCUGCUACUGAGGUGUCUCCAAUCUUUGGGACCAUCUUUAACAUGGUGUACUUCGUUGCUAAGGCCGUGGAGGAGCGUCGUCAUGCAGGGGGCGGGCACUGGGUGACAGGCAAUAAGCUCCUCCAAUCAGAUGGAGGCUUUGAUUUCCAGGGCUUCAAUCAGGUGUUGUAUGGAGGUAGAGAGGGCCGUGGCCUGCUGGCUGGGUACCUGGUGUUGGACAGCGAUGGCGACCGACUCGUGCCAACGCACUCGCUCGCUCCCAAACACACGGACGGGACGGUCGGAGGUCUGAGAACACUGAGUCGCUCCUUCACCUUCCCCGGAGGAAAACCCCGGGCCAGCUUCUGUUGGUUCAGUCCAGACGAGGCCUGCAGUGGGGGUUUGGACGCGGUGAAAAUGUUCUUUGUCUUCCUGUUAUUCUGUGGUUUGACCGGAGCUUUUAUCUACUGGAUCAAGAAGUACAAAAAAACAGCGAACAUCACCAAACUCAUCCUGAAUCUGGACGACAUCGUCUUCAUCGAUACUCAACUCAGCAGGAAGAAACUGAACGACGAAUCUAUCAUGAGGAGUCUACUGGAAGUUAAAACACCGUUCCGGUCGAUUGCUCGAAGUUACAUCCUGACAACACCUGAGAGCUCCAACAUAGGAAUACUGGAGGGAGACUGGGUUUGGCUUAAAAAGAUUCCUGUUGAAAAGUCGAUAACAGCUGUAAAUCAAAACACCCAGAGUCUGUUCAGCCAGUUGAGGGAGAUGCGACAUGAGAAUAUGAACCUCUACGUGGGUUUGUUUUUGGACUCGGGGAUCUUUGCUCUGGUGGUAGAACACUGUCCUCGAGGGAGUCUGGCCGAUCUGCUGGCCGACAGCGACAUGAGGCUGGACUGGAUGUUCAAGUCCUCCCUGCUAAUGGACCUUAUCAAGGGGAUGAAGUACCUUCAUCUACGAGGUUUGAGUCACGGUCGUCUGAAGUCCACAAACUGUUUAGUCGACGGACGCUUCGUUCUGAAAAUCACAGACUACGGACUUCCCAUGAUCCUUCACUCUCAGGGCAUCACCCUUCCUGAGGACCCACAAGAGCUGCUGUGGACUGCUCCAGAGCUCUUGAGGAAGCCAGUGCGAGGAGGUUCCUUUUCUGGAGAUGUCUUUAGUUUCUCCAUCAUCAUACAGGAAGUGAUUUCACGAACACUGCCAUACGCCAUGAUGGACAUGCCCACCCAUGAGAUAGUGGACCGUCUGAAGAACCCUCCUCCUCUCUGCAGACCACUUGUUUCGGUGGAUGAAGCUCCUGCCGAGUGUAUCGGUUUGAUGAAUGAAUGUUGGAUUGAAGAUCCGAGUAAGAGGCCAAACUUUGAUGACAUUUUCAAACAGUUUCGAGGCAUUAACAGAGGGAAGAGGGCAAACAUCAUCGACUCAAUGUUGCGGAUGUUGGAGCAAUACAGUUCCAACCUGGAGGACCUGAUCAGAGAACGAACAGAUGAACUGGAAGUUGAGAGAAACAAGACAGACAAGCUGAUCGGACAGCUGCUACCCAAGUCCGUGGCUCAGUCUCUGAAGAAAGGCAAGCCGGUCCAACCAGAACAUUAUUCAGACUGCACUCUUUACUUUAGUGACAUCGUUGGAUUCACGACCAUCUCAGCUCUGAGUGAACCCAUCGAGGUGGUCGACCUUCUGAAUGACCUCUACACCAUGUUUGAUGCCAUCAUUGCUACUCAUGAUGUCUACAAGGUAGAAACUAUUGGAGAUGCCUACAUGGUGGCUUCAGGUGUUCCCAACAGAAAUGGGAAUCGACACGCAGGCGAAGUGGCCAACAUGUCUUUGGACAUCCUGCAUUCGAUAGCAGCUUUUAAGAUCAAACACAUGCCUGAGAUCAAAGUCAAAAUACGCAUCGGACUUCACUCAGGUGCGUUAGUAGCAGGUGUGGUUGGUCUCACGAUGCCCAGGUAUUGUCUGUUUGGAGACACAGUGACCACGGCGUCACACAUGGAAGCCUCCGGACUGCCCUACAGGAUCCACAUCAGUCUGAGUACAGUGAAGGUCCUGACCAGUCUGAAAAUGGGAUACCACAUAGACACCAGAAAGGCACAGGUUAAGGGCACGGUGGACACAUACUGGUUGAUGGGCCGAGAUGGUUUUGAUAAACCUCUUCCUAUUCCUCCAGACCUCACCGGAGGGGCCAGUAAUCAUGGGAUCAGUCUAGAUGAGAUUCCAGUUGAAAGAAGACAAAAGUUUCUGGACCGACAAAAGAAUGCAAAGAAAUGA